CAUUAAUACGGUACUGUACCCGGUCCUCGCUCGAAACCAGAAAUACAAGACAACAAUGAUGCACACGGAGCUCCGUUCAACGUCGCAACGAAAGAAGACAACAAGAACAACGAAUUCUUCGAUCGCAGAUGAUUCGACGAACUGCCAUGAUUUGUCGGCUUGCGAUGUAAUUUCCAUGAGAGUUCGGCGUCGUCACAGAUCCUUCAGCAGAAUAUCAUUGUCGCCAUCGAAUUCUUGCACGGUUGCCCCUCCGAAGCCGCUCAUGCUCCUCUUUGUGGCCAUUGCAUCCUUUUUCUUAGCCAACAAGGUAACGCCCGUAUACUCGCUCUCGGCAGCGAAGAACGAAUGGAUUGGCAAUUCCUUGCAGUAUUACAACCGUAUCACAAGAGGAGCCGAGCACGUCCAACAAUCUCCCACAUAUCUCAAAUCUGCAAUGGAGAACUACUUUGCUCUCGAAAAACUCAGGAACAACAAACCACGCCACGCCGAAACCAUUUACCGAAGGCUCAUGGACGAAUUCAACCCCCGACAGGGUCCGUUUGUCACCAAGCCGGCGGUCGAUUCGAUGCACGCCGAUGCCGAGGAGUGCGAAUUCUCCCAGCUGGCCGUUCCGACGCUCUUGCUGGGGCUUUUGCUGCAGCGGGAAGGACGGUUCGAUGAUGCCCGCACGGUCUUUGAGGGGUUUUCCCACGUGCUAGAGGACGCAAACGGUGGCAAAGCCCACGCCUGCUGCUGCAGCGCCAGGGUCCUGCAGGCCCACGCUCUCUUUGAAAUGAAACAGGACAAUCCCGUCAAGGCCGCCGAGCUUAUAAUGAAGGCGGUGCGCAUGGAUAAGAAUCUGCGAUCGGUGCUGCGAUGGAAGCUCUUUCGAGAAGCCAUGGCCGAAUACAGAAAGUACCAGCGAGAGUGCCGGAGGCACCAUACUAGAAGCGAACUCAACCUGCUAGUCUUAGCUGUUGCAGCGGCAUAGAGUACGAGCAUGCAUCUAUGGAUGCUGGUAUAUGAAUAUUCCUUUUAAUUGCGUCAACUGUACGCAUUCGAUUGUUCCAAUCCAGGGGACGAACGCUGUAUUACUAUUAUUACAACUACGCGAAAAUUACAAAAUAAACGAUUUUCGAUGUU